AUGGCUGGGAGGAAUUACACCGCAGUGACAGAGUUCCUUUUUACUGUGUUCGCUGAGCAUCCCGAACGGGGGCUUUCUCUCUUCCUGGUCUUUUUGGGUUUCUAUCUACUCACUCUGCUGGGAAACUCAGGGAUGAUCUUCCUGAUCCGCAAAGAUCGCCGGCUGCACACCCCCAUGUACUUCUUCCUCAGCCACCUUUCCUUUGCGGACAUCUGCUACUCCUCUGCCAUCGUGCCCCAGAUGCUGGCAGUGCUGCUGGAACACGGCGUAGUCAUCUCCAAAGCACGCUGUGCCGCCCAGUUCUUCCUCUUCACCUUCUUUGCUUCCAUGGACUGCUACCUCCUGGCAAUCAUGGCCUAUGACCGCUACGUGGCCGUGUGCCGACCCCUGCUGUAUGUCACCAUCAUGACCGAGAAGGCCCGCUUGGGUUUGGUAGCUGGGGCUUACGUGGCUGGUUUUUCUAGCGCCUUUGUUCGAACGGUCACCGCCUUCACGCUCUCCUUUUGUGGAAACAAUGAGAUCAACUUUAUUUUCUGUGACCUACCCCCUCUGUUAAAACUCACUUGUGGGGAAAGAUACACCCAGGAAGUGGUGAUUAUUGUGUUUGCUGUUUUUGUCAUGCCUGCUUGUAUAGUGGUCAUCUUGGUGUCCUACCUGUUCAUCAUUGUGGCCGUCAUGCAGAUCCGCUCUGCGGGGGGCCGGGCCAAAACCUUCUCUACCUGUGCCUCCCACCUCACUGCUGUCGCUCUCUUCUUUGGGACCCUCAUCUUCAUGUACCUGAGAGAUAAUUCAGGCCAGUCCUCAGAGGCAGACCAAGUGGUGUCUGUGCUCUACACGGUGGUGACCCCAAUGCUGAACCCCCUCAUCUACAGCCUGAGGAAUAAGGAGGUCAAGGAGGCUGUGGCGAAAUCCCUGAGCCAACCAAAGGCUUCUGGAAGGCCCUAG